CGGCCGGCCCUGGGCGACGUCACUACCGCAGGAUGCCGCGCGGCCAGCCGGUUCCCUCCGCCGGGAAAAGGAGUGCGCGCCGGGGCCGGCCCCCAGCCGAAGCGACGCCCUGGGCGCUCCGGUGAGAAGCGAGGGUGCGAGCCCGUGCGGCCGCAGCGAGGCAUCUAGGGGCCCCGCUCUGGCCCAGGCCCCGACCGAGCUGGCCGCGCCCUGGCUUCGAGCCUCCUGGAAGCGAGUUUCGCAGAGGCCGGCCCGAACUCCAGCUGCAGGCAGCUCGGAGGUCCCGCUUGUGCAGUGGACUCCAAGGACCCAGGAAGAGCAAAAGAGAAGCUCCCCGAGCCGACUUCCCACACGGCCUCACAAACCUGUGGGCACGCCGCCAAACUGCUGCCCGGCUCCCACCCUCCUCAGCCUUUGCUUGCGUGGAGGUCCUGAGAGAGACAGUGCCUGUCAGGGAUGGGGGAGAGGGGACCACCACGACUCAGAGACGCUAAUGACAGCCAAGGAACCGCUCCUGGAAGAAAUGCUUAUGUACAGACCCACGCUGUCCACUCCCAGUGUCCUACCAGUUUGACAGGCUCCCUUAAAAGGUUUGAAGGGGCCUUCUGUUUCUACCUGAUUACUAAGGCUAAUCAAGUGACAGGGAACUUAAUUGUUAACUUCCCCUCAAAGAAGUAUUUUACAAACCCCUUUUAUAUAAAAUAUGCUUGAAAAUUCAGUUUCCACAGUUGCUUUCAGGUUAUCUUACAUUGCCCCUCUCUGCACACUCAUCUCUGAAGAUCAGGCAGGAACACUAAAAGCCGCCAGAUUUGAAACAGUCAGCCUAGAAUUCUGAGCUAGACCUCCGUCGUAGUCCAUUUUCUGCUGCUAGUAAUACAAUACCACAGACUGGUUAAGUGUAUUAGGUCAUUUUCCAUUGCUAUAACAAAUCACCUGAAGCUGGAGUGACAUGUUUGCAGUGGUGCAGGCCUGUUAGCCUACUUAGGAAGCUGAGGCUGGAGGAUGGUCAGCCUAGGCAAUUUAGUAAGACCCUGUCUCAAAAUAAAAAAGACUGGGGAUGUAGUUCAGUGAAAGAGCAUCUCUUGGUUCAAUGCCCAGUUCCCCCCACUACACACACAUGAAAAACCUGACGCCGGGUACUUUAUAAAGAGGUUUAUUUCUCUCACAAUUUUGGAAGCUGACAGCCCACACAGCAUAGCACCAACUCUGGCAAGGGCCUCCUGGUAAAUGGCUAUUACAUGAGCCCAUGGAGAACGGGAGAUCACAUGGCAAAGAAGCCAGAGAGUGAGAAGGAGCCAGUUUUGCUGUAACAACUCCCUCUGGAGAACACUGUGUUCCAAGAGAACUACAUGAAUCCCUUCCAAGGGCAGCACCUCCAAAGACCUCUCACUAAGCUCCAGUCUUAAGGCUUUCACCACCUCAGCACCACCACAGUGAGAAACAAAGGCACAUGAACGUUUGGGAGAUACACUUAGAUCAUAUCCACACCACAGCAGUAGGUUAUAAAGAAAAGGCUGAUUUUGGCUCACAGUUCUUGGUGCAUGGAUGAGGGGCUGCACCUGGUUGUGCGUGCGUGUGCGUGUGUGUGUGUGUGUGUGUGUGUGUGUG